AUGAGGCUAUCUCUGUCUUUUCUACUUGUGACGGCUCUCUCCUUGGUCGUUGUGACAAGAUGCCAGGAAAACAGCACUAAUAGCAGCGCCGAUGGUACCAGUAGUACCAGUACUGAAUCGGUGCCAUGCGAAGGCUACUUUUCCAGCCAUUGGUACAGUUGUGAUGCCCCUGAAUCAUGCACUGUGACAGGUUCCUUUUCCUUUCUCAAGGGCGGCUCGGAAACAUUUAAUGGAGUUGGCAAGAAGGUUCAAAACAUGACUUGUGGGGCUGGAACAGACUGCACAUACGAUUGUUGCGAUCUACCCUGCGAGUUUACAGUGAAUGCAUCGACGCCCGAGUCUACGGAUCCACCCUCCGGUGUAGUUGCGACGGGAAGAAGUUUCUCCUUGGUGUCCUCUGUGGUCUCUGGUUUAAUGCUGAUUUGGGUUGCCUAG